AUGGUAGAAGCAACGACCGCAGGCCCUUCCAAUGAAGUGAAGCCCAAGAAGCUCUCUCGCACCAAAAUCGGAACCAUGAAGGUCUCCCAGCUGCGCAACAGUCUCCGCAGAGGGAAGAUUCGGAUGUCGGGCAAUGCCGGCGGAGCAGAACUCCACGCACUGUACGCACUAUAUGCGCUGCGGCUUCUCUUGGCCGAGGAAGAACCAGAUAAACAUCUCCUGGAAGCUGCUACGGGCUGGUGUGCCGCCUCAGUGGAGACUUUGACCGGGGAGGCCAGAGAGCGUGGCCUCCAUGACGAAAACACCCGAUGGGAUCUUGUUGAGGAUUUGAUCAUGGACGAGCAUGCAAAGCUUUUGGGAAAUAAUGACGACGAUGACGAUGACGACAACCACGACAACGACGAUAACGACGACAACGACGAUAACGACGACAACGACGACAACGACAACAACAACGACAACCACGACGACGAAAGCAAAUCCGAAUCCCAUAGCGAACCAGAGGAGACGACCGUCAAGACCGGAGCCAAAGACAAGGGGAAGGUAAAAGCCGCCAAGAAGACAGACCCAGCUCCCGACAAAGCUGUCAAGGCGAAGCCUGUACCGAAGAAGAAAGGAAAGGAGAAAGCCGUCGAGUCCGAGGACGAGGUAGAUUCUCUUGAGCAUCCCGCACCCGAGGUUGUGAAUCUGUUACUCACCAUGAUCUACUCACAUUCCGUUCGAAUCAAAGCCAAGAUCCCCAUGACCGGGGCUCCCGAGUUGUCAGCAGCGAGGUUCCGCAAGCGCCUGGAUGAGAUCCCCAAGAUCAAGACGGAAAAGGACGUCGAGAAGGCUCUGGUGUCUUCGAAGACUUCUGCCGUGCUGUCCUCGAUCCUCAAGACUUGCGGCGACAUGAUAAUCCCGGCUGACGGCGACCUCGUGAUUCCUGGCUUCCCCGAACAAGUGCUACAGUUCGUCGUAGCAAAGCCCGAUCGAUCCCUACAGAGCGCCUACAACAAACUCCCCGGAAGGGAUCAAACAAGGCUUCUCUUCCACGGUACACCGAUGGCCAACCUCUACUCGAUCCUGCAUGACGGUUUUGAUCCUGCAGGCCAACUGCUUGGACAGGCCACUCUCUGGCUGGCACGAGACCCGGGCUCUUCCCUCGAAUUUUCGAUGAAAGCGGGCUCGAUACCGCCAGAGUCGGAGUGGGGGCACACCCCCUUCCCCAGCUGGGGCGUUCUGCUCGGAUGCGAAACUGUCAGGCUGGGUGCGACGGCGAACGGUAUCACCCACAUUACGGGGGCCAUGGGCUCAGCCAUGGUGCGGUACAUCUUCUUGAUCCCCUCCGACGAUACCCCCGAAGUCGCCUCCAUGCCCACAGGCGCCCAGAUCGAAGACGGCAUGAGAAAGGCUUUGAAAUCGUUCCGCAGGCUGUGA